CAAAACAUUUUCCCAUAAUGACGUGGCAAUGCAUGUAGCAUACAAUGUAGGUGAUACAGUACUUAAAAGUACAGGGUAUUAAUUGAGAUCUAGUUUGAGUCCCUGUUGGACGCACACAUGGACAUGUUAAGGUGUAUUCUUCUGUUUAAAAUAACCACAGGCUAAAAAAAACAAAAGUGUGUGUGUGUGUGUGUUUUUUGUUAGUCUCCACAGAGAUUUUCAUGAGUGGCAUCGAUCUUUAAUUAUAUCAAGGCCCCCUGGCUAUCAACUGCUCGAUAUUCCUGUAUCUCUCAUGUCUCAUCAUUAAAACUAGGAAGGAGCACCAGAUUCUUUGACUGCAAGCUUGUGUGCCUUCAGCCCUGAAGUCAGAGUUUUUCCAUGGCUGAAGAGGUUUUGGAAAGCUUCCGCAAAAAGAUUUGUGCUGAGCUGGAUCAAGUUGUGGCUUUCUGGCUGAAGCACUCGCAUGAUGAAGAUCACGGAGGUUUCUUCACCUGUUUAGCAAAGGAUGGAGAAGUCUACGAUGAUCUUAAAUAUGUCUGGCUGCAGGGAAGGCAGGUGUGGAUGUAUUGCCGGCUGUAUAGAAGUGUUGAGCGAUUUCGCAAGCCUGACAUAUUACAGGCUGCCAAGUCAGGUGGAGAAUUUCUCCGGAGUCAUGCAUGGGUACCUGUGGCUGGCAACAAGAAGUGUGCAUUCUGUCUUACUCACAGUGGGCAAGCGGUCAAAGUGCAGCGGACUAUCUUCAGCGAGUGUUUCUAUGUGAUGGCAAUGGAUGAGCUGGCAAGAGUUACUGAAGAGCAACAAUACCAGGAUGAAGCAGUGCGUGUAAUGGAUCAGAUUGUACACUGGACUCAAGUUGACUCUUCUGGUUUAGGGCGACCGGAACUACCAGGAGCAGGACCCACUAAUUCAAUGGCUGUCCCUAUGAUGCUCUUGUGCUUGGUAGAACAGCUCGUGGAAGAUCGACCUGAAAUGGCAAAAAAGUACAAUGAGCUAGGCCACUGGUGCAUUCAGCAGAUCCUGCAGCACGUUCAGAGAGAUGGAAAUGCUAUCCUGGAAUGUGUUUCUACAGAUGGACAAGAGCUGCCAGGCUGUCUGGGCAGACAUCAGAAUCCAGGCCAUGCUUUGGAGGCAGGCUGGUUCCUUUUGCAGUAUGCCACCCGCCACCAAGAUGAGAAGCUAAAGAAGUUGGCAAUUGAGAAGUUCAUGCUGUUGCCAUUGGCAUCUGGUUGGGAUCAGCAGCAUGGUGGACUCUUUUAUUUCCUUGAUGUUGAAGGCCACUGUCCCACGCAGCUUGAGUGGAAUAUGAAGUUGUGGUGGCCACAUUGUGAAGCUCUAAUUGCAUUCCUCAUGGGGUAUUGUGAGACCAAGGACCCUAAUCUGCUGGAGAAAUUCACUCAGAUCUUCCAGUACACCUUCUCACACUUUCCAGACGCAGUACAUGGGGAAUGGUUUGGAUAUCUGAAUCAAGAAGGUCUAGUGGCACUCGACAUUAAAGGUGGACCUUUUAAGGGAUGCUUCCAUGUGCCUCGCUGCCUAUACAUGUGUGAGAAGUUGCUGGAUGACUUGCUUGGAAAGUCCCCUCCUCUGUGAGUCACCUGGAGCUGCCUACAGAAAGAUGGCUGAAAUCUGUGAAAAUCAGUAGUGGUGAUGAUCAAAAAAAUAAAACAUAACAAAAAUGCCCUCAUGAUGGGUAAGGAAGCAGCCUUAAAGGGAGAUUGGAUCAUAUAUCCCUGAUGUAAUAGUUUCUAAUUAGUAUCAAUCUGUGAAGCAUAUGAUUAUAACACCAACAACCAAAACUCAUGUAAAAGGAGAAAGCAAAAGAAGCAUCAGGAUUUGUGCCAAAUGUAAGGGCAACCAGUCCAACUCCAGCAGCUUCAGUGAUUCUGCACUUAACAGUUUGCAACAGUUGCUAUUGACGGGUCUGUUUUAACAGUGGGAUUGGCCCAUUUGUUCUUGUAGCUCCCCUUCUCCCAAAUUGUGUCAGGACUUGUGUGCACCCUUCUUUGCUUCCUUAAACUGCUGCCUGCGUACAUGGAGAUGUUAGAUAAGUGACAAGUCUUGGGCAAAGCAUAUCAUAAGGUGCUGAGCGAGGGGAAAGCACGGUUGUGUAUGAACUACCCUAAGCUUGCAAGCCAUGACAGUUUCAUCUACUACUUCCACAGCUGGGGAGAAAAAACAGUAAUGUAUGAUGUUGUCCUUGCACAUUUUAAACCAGUAGAUCUUCCUCCUCUAAAGCUUUUCCCAUUUUCACUCCUCCAUUCUCACCUGUUUUACGUUUCCUUGUCUGACACUCCUUCCUCCCUUAGAUCCCUCUUCACACAGCUAAUCGAUUUUCUCUUUGGUCGUCCUUUUCUCCUCCAUCCUGACACCUCCAUAUCUAAACCGGAUCUCCAAAAUACAAACUGGUAGCAGUAAAACUCUGAAAUGAUGGCCUGUAGAAGCUGCAUGUUUAUAAAGUAGCGAACGUGUUCUGUAGCUAAUCACACUCCAUUUUUGAAUUGAGUCAUUUUUCCUUAACCAGCUCCCAAUUAACAAUGAAGGUGAAAGGGAAACCAGGAGCCAACCUGUUAACUUAGAACUAUUUACACCUAAACAAAAUCAGAAUUAAUCAAAUAUUUGGAAAGGUAAAAGUGAAAGGCUAAGAAAUCGUGAACAGCUCUACACCACAACCAGCAGUAUUAGAAACGCCUGAUGUGGCUGAAUUAGAACACUAAUAAGCCAUAGAAUUCAGAAGAAGCAAGAACAUGAUGCCAAUGCUAUGUAACCAAUUUAGGAGAAGCCAUUUUGACAUGACUUCUACAGCUUCUGCUUUGCUUCACCCUCACUUUUGUAGCCUCUAAAUUAAGAAUGGAAGUAAGCGACUUGAUGAUUGCUUGACAGCUCUUAGCAUAUACAGUACAUUUUAACAAUUCCUAUAGCCUUCUGAUCAGGGAGGCUACACAUUCAGCUGACUCUUAACCAAAAUUAUUAUUAUUGUUAUUAGGACAGAGUAAUGCUGUAGUUUGUUCUGAUUUUUCUACUCUCGAUAAGCACUGCGUAAUUUAAAGUCAGGACAGAAAAGAAGACACGGUCAACUUGCAAUAAUAAAAGGAAAGAAAAAUCAUAAUCAACAGCAACGUGUCCCCAAACUCCAUUCAAAACCUUCUGCCUACACUUUGUAUAUAUUGGUGACUGGUUCCUACAAAAUUUCCUUUCAGCAUACUGUGUGUAAUUUCACUUUCCCACCCUUGUAUACAUGAGAGAGAGCGAGAGAUAUGCAAAAAGCACACAACGCUUGCAUAAUUUAUAUGAGACAUGCAACACAAGAAUCUGAGAUUAAAAAGCAUAUUGUUUAGACGAUCUUGAUGUAAGUUUAAAUAGAAAAUUUGUGGAUGAAAGGGAGAGUGGGAAGAUGAAGCUACCCUGAAGAAUAGAGUAUAAGAAAAAAAAUCCCAUCUCUCCCUCCGCAAGUGCUACAUUCCUCAAAAUGAGGUACAUGAGGAUUGUGUUUAUAGUGUACGUUUUCUCAGCACAUUGUUGUGUUGCCGCACUGAUUUUUUUAAAAUAUCCAUCCAUCAUCCAUCUCGCUAUAUCCUAACUACAGGGUCACGGGGGGUCUGCUGGAGCCAAUCCCAGCCAAAACAGGGCACAAUGCAGGAAACAAACCCCGGGCAGGGCACCAGCCCACCGCAGGAUUUUUAAAAUAUCCUUUUACUAAUCCUUAACUAGGGGGCUCCACCCCCUGCUCGAUUCGCUCGGCCACCCCCGGGUUUGGUUUACCAGUUAUACAAUUUAAAGAGAUUGUUAGUUUCAAGAGAAUUGUUACACAUGCAUUAUUUUCACUUUUACUUUAAAACUUUUGUAAAAACAACAUGCUGGAUAGAAAUAUUACUCUACAACACAGACUCCCACAGCCCAAAACUUAAAAUUAAAUCCUCACCAUGUCUGCAUAGCUUCUGUUUAUUUCACGAUGUCAGGUCUGCUUGAAUCUAAAAGUUGACUUGUAAGCUUCAGUAGCCACUGAGAGAGAAGGAGGGCUGCAAGAGAAUGUCAGCUGGGGGGCCGGGCACUAGCCCACCUCCAGCCAAAAGCAAAGGAUUAAUUUUAAAGCACCAGGACUGGCAUGUAGAGCUCAGAUUGGCCGUCCAUCGCCUGACUUUUCUUGUGUGUUCAGCGUUUCAGGAAUUGUCGAAUUUUGACCUGUCACUGUAAAGCAUGACGGGUUCUGCACAGACAGCCCUGAGGCAUGCUGGGAGGUUUUCAGGCUCCAAGUCGGUCUUAAUGGCUCCGUAUCUCCUGGUUGUAUUUCAGGCAGCUGUUGUGAGCCGACACCAAUACCGAGGCCAUGAUGGACCUUUUAGUUUCAGCACAUUUAUGUUUAGCGUAUGCCUGAUUAACUUACUUAAUAAUCUGUUUUUUCCAAAAACAUUUCAAAUGAUGAUUUUGACUGAAAUUGUAUGGAUGUUUCAUUUAAUAAAAAUUUUCCUGAAAUGUU